GACUGGAGUCGCUUUGGACUGGGGCCGAGCCGAGUCUGCUGGACACAGCAGCAGGGCGCACGGCGAGGCGCAGCGCGCAGCCCAGACCCGCCGCGCGGACUGCGGCCCAGGGCAGCCCAGGCUCAGCCCGGGGGCGCUAUGAACGAGCAGCGACCUCGCGCGCCAGCACCGCCGCCCCGGGACACUGCCCUCCUGCCCGCCCUGACCAGGGCCCCGCCUUCCUCGGCCUCCUCGCCGCGGUGCGGCCCGCGCCACGGGCGCCAGCACAGCGUGCGCCAGCACAGCGUGCCCCAGCACAGCCCCAGCUAGCGCGGCUCGCCGGCCACCGCCACCGCACCUCUGCAGGAUGCUGCUCGUCGCCGUCCUGGUGUGGCUGUCCGUGCCGGGGUCGGCCUGGGCCGCCACGCGUGGGCCCCGAGAGCCGCCCACCGUCGAGAUCCCAGGACAGGGAGUCGUGGUGGGCAGGGAGGUCUCCGUGAGCCGCAACCAGAAGUCCACCCUCUACCUCAACAUCCCCUUCGCCCAGCCACCCACAGGCAACCUUCGCUUCGACAAGCCCCAGACGGACCCUCUGCCGUCGUGGACCGAGCCCAGGAACGCCUCGGCCUUCGGGCCCGCCUGCCCACAGAUGCUGUCCAAGCUGGAUGAGCAGGACCGAAUCCUCACCAACUUCCUGCAAGACAAGGGACUGGAGAUGUCCGAGGACUGCCUUCAGCUCAACAUCUUCACUCCGGACGGCAACCCUCCGGCGGAGGGCUGGUCCGUGAUGCUGUGGCUGCACUCGGGCGACUUCCAGACGGGCGCGACCAGCCUGUGGGACGGGUCGGUGCUCGCGGUGCGCCAGAAGGUGAUCGUCGUCACGGCCGCCUACCGCCUCAACAUCCUGGGCUUCUUCACCACGCUGGACGGCAACGCGCCCGGCAACUGGGGGCUCUGGGACCAGGUGGCCGCCAUCGACUGGGUCCAGAGCAAGAUCGCGGCCUUUGGCGGCAACCGGAAGAACAUCACGCUCUUCGGCCACGGCGCGGGCGGGGUGAGCGUCGGCCUGCACGUCAUCUCGCCCAUGUCGGACGGCUUCCAGGCAGCCAUCGCCAUGAGCGGCAGCGCCACCACCCCGCCGGACUCCAGCUCGGGCGGGGUGGCGCGAGAGGAGCGCAGCACCGUGGAGGCCAUCCGCAAGCUGGCCGAGCGCUUCUACUGCCGGCCCUCCACCGCGGACGUCGUCUCCUGCAUGCGCAACGUGCAGCCCGUCCAAGUGCUCGUCGAGGCAGCGCUACAGUUCACCAAGUACCUGCCCGUGGUGGACAGCAAGUACAACAAUGUUUCGCAGCCCUUCCUGAGCGACAAACCCGCCACCAUGCUGGAGAUGACGCCCAAGGGCACGCCUCUGAUGGUGGGGUACACGGACCACGAGGACGCGAUGCAGAUGCGCAAGGAGCUGGAGGGCGGGCUCAGCUCCUCCAAGUACACUGAGCUGCUGGUGGACGCCACCUCGGCCGACCUGCCGCAGCCCGAGUCGGAGAACAACGACACCUGCCCCAUCAACGGCGAGCAGGCUAUGGACGCUGUCACUUUCUAUUACACGCCGAUCCCUGCCACUGAAGACACCACGCUGUUGCGGCAGAAGUUCAUGGAAUUCACCACGGAGAAAAAGUACGGAGCACCAGCAUUCCUGCAAGCCUCGUUCUCCUCCAAGGUCUCGCCCACAUGGAUGUACAGGUUCGACUACCGCCUCAAGUCGACCGCCGUAGGCGACGCGGUGCCAGACUGGAUCAACGUGCCCCACCAGUACGAGUUGCCGUUCGUGUGGGGAAUGCCCUUCUGGACAUCCCUGCCCUCCCAAGUUGUGUGGAACUCACAGGACAAGAAGAUCGCCGACAUCAUCAUGACGCUGUGGGGCAGCUUUGCCAAGACGCGGAACCCCACGCAGCAGAUCCAGGGAGGUGCUGUGAAGUGGGAACCUUUCACGGAGCAGAACCCUGGCGUCAUGGUCCUCGACAAGAACUUCUCCAUGACAGACGUGUCAAACUUCGACUACAGGAGUUUUGCCUUCUGGAACACAUACUACCCUAAGGUCAUAGAGUCCUUGGUAGGCUGCUGCAACCAGACAGAUGGGGCUUCCACCGUGGCGCCCAGAGGCCUGCACUUGGCUCUGCCUGUUCUGGCACCCCUGCUGCCCUGGGCUACCUGGCGUGUCUGAGGCAUCUCAGGGAUAAGGUCUCGCACGUCAGUACAUCGGAAACAUUUCGAGUUCACGAACUGUUACAGUGAAGUGCAAGUCCAACUUGGCAAUACUAUACUGUGGCAAAGGGUAUCAUUCUUGUCCAAGACUUGUGGUCUGAGAGAAUGCUAAUUCUACGAGUGAAUGCGAACUUUAAUUUGUUGGAGCUCCACGUGUUUUGCUGUGGUUAAGUAGUAAUAAUAAUUGAAUAUUGGCUUUACUGAGGCCCUUACAGAAAGUAAUACUCUGGUAAAUGGGAUGAUAAAUAUUAUGAAAAUGAUUUCACUCUCAGAAAUCAGCAACAGCACUUUAUUGAAACAUCACAUUUAUUUUAUGUGCUCAAAUAGGGUUCUUUAAGUUUCCAUUCUUCUGGCAAUACUGCUCAAUCUUCUGAUGGAUUGAGAAUAUUAAAAACAAAACAGAACUCACGUUGGAACUGAAUUGACCCAUCAAUGUACAUACAUUUCAAAUGUAAUUUCAAAAUUUAUCUAACAGUGAUAUCAAAGAAUCCUUCUUCCAAAGAUUGUGUUGAACUUUGGUUGUAUAUGCCAGGAUGCUUUGCGGAAAAUAAGGAAAAUCUCAAAAUUAAACUGGAAAAGAAAAUUUAAUGUUGUGAUUUCAAUUGGCUUAACAUGAUUUGGCCAAUUAAUUAUUAACAAUUUUUUUUGUUAUAUAAAUAAAAUUAGAGACAAGCUCACAAAAAGAAGAGCCUAUCACAUAGUUUUUCAGAGGCAUCUUUAUGUACACUUUGGCCGACAAGGUAGGCCAGUUUGUGGGCAUACUGGAAGAAAAAAAAACGAACACAUAGUCUAUAAUGAUGUUUCACUCACAGAUACAAUGAAGGUUAAGUAAUGUGAACAGACUUACUUGACAAGGGGCUGGCACCCGGACAGUGCCUGGCCAAUUAUAAUACAUAUGGGUCAUCUUAAACGUAAGGCGUUGUAUGUGAUCAACUUUCAUCUGGCACCCGUCAUGAAUUACAAGAUAAUGGGUUGGGGUAACUGUCCCCUAUCAAAGAAAAAGAGUUAGCUUUAGAAAAAUGGAGACUAAAUUCGAUUCAGUGCACAAAAAUGUGAGAUCAUUACCUGGGAUGAAAAUUGAGACACUAAAAAGAAAUCAUACCAGUCUCUUCUUGUUACAGUGUGGUCAACCACUGUGCCUGGCGGUGGGUUAGAGUAGCCUCCACCCUGCAAUGACAGAAAUAAUAAAAAUAAUGAAAAUAUUGCAUCACACCGAUCAAAACCAGAUAAUAAAGACAGUUAACUCACAAGUUCUUGAAAUAUA